GAGAGUUACCUGCUAGAGGGGCCGGAAAUAGGCUCUGGCGGCGGCACUCUUCCGCCGGGAAGUUAAAGUAGGCGCGCGGAGCCAGUCUUUAGGAGCUGCUGGGACGCCUCGGGUCUCUCAUCGGACUCUGCAACCCCUUGCACCUCAGGCUUUCAAGCCCGGAUCUUGCUGCGCUGCACCAGAGGCUUGACUGGGGUCUUCCCAUCACCGCCUCUAGGCCCCCAGGAGCAGCUAAUCCUGGAGCCACCAUGCAUGUUUCAAUUGCCAGUGACCUUCGAGGAUGUGGCCGUGUACUUCUCAAGGGAAGAGUGGGCGUAUCUCAACCCCAGGCAGAAGGCCCUCUACCGGAAUGUGAUGCUGGACAAUUUCAGCAGCCUCGUAGCACUGGAAGGAUUUUGCGGCCCCAGACCAGACCUUGUCUCUCACCUGGAGCAGUGGGAUGAGCUGUGGCUUGAGGACUCUGAGAGGGCUGAGCUUCGGGAACCACAGAGUGGCCCCUGCCCAGGGGCAAGGAAGCUGGCUGGCCAUAGGAAAUGCUGCCGUCGGCUGGCUUGGGCUCGUGAGAAAAUCCACCUUCAGGGAAGAGUCCCAAACAUACGCCCAAGUCAUCCUCACUUUCCCAGAGCUGCUUCGGGGCAGAAGGCAGAUGAUCUUGUGGCUCUGCAGGCCCAGGUGUGUGGUGAGUCCUGCAGGCAGCAGCCAGGCCUUGGGCAACAGCACAAGGGCAGCACCGGAGCUCAGGUGUUUAUCUGUGGAACAUGUGGGAAGGUCCUGAGCUGCCACAGUCGACUGGCUGCGCACCAGAUGGUGCACUCUGGUGCCAGGUCCUUCUCAUGCCUUGAGUGUGGCCAGACCUUCCGCUGGGUCUCGAACCUUCUGCGCCACCAGAGGAACCACACAAGUGAGAAGCCCUUCUGCUGUGAGCUGUGUGGACAGGCCUUCAGCCUGAAGGACCGUCUGGUGCAGCACCGUAAGGUCCACACAGGGCACCGGCCCUACGAGUGUGGUGCCUGUGGUAAGGCCUUUAAACAGAAAUCUAACCUGUUGCGCCAUCAGCUGGUGCACACGGGUGAGAGGCCUUUCCACUGUGCUGUCUGCAACAAGGACUUCCGCACUAAGGAGAACCUCCGGCACCACCAGCGAAUCCACAGUGGAGAGAAGCCCUACAUCUGCUCUGAGUGUGGGAAGGCCUUUAGGUGGCCCAAAGGCUUCAGCAUCCAUCAGAGGCUGCACCUGACGAAGAGGGUCUAUGAAUGUGAACACUGUGGGAAGGGCUUUCGCCACCUGGGCUUCUUUACCAGGCACCAGAGGACCCAUGGGCAUGGCGAAGUGUAGAGGUGCUGGGUCCAGCAGGGCUGUGCCCUUGCCAGAAGUUGGGCCAUCAGGACAAGUUAGAGGAACAAUCCCUCUCUAGCGUGGAAGAGGCCUUCUUGGUCCUUGAAACAACUUCUGAGGUUUCUGAAUCUCCCAAGCUCUACCAGGAAAACUGCUGUCUGGGGAAGAGGAUCUGGAGUGCACCUGCAGAGCCACUGUGCUGUUUCCCAAGUGCCCAGGGCCCAGGAUGGCCUGAGGCUGUGUGCAGCCCUGGGCGAGUGGACAGAAAAGUUCCUGGUAUUUUGCCCUCUCCGGCACCUGUGGCUCUCUGCCCAGGAACUAAACCCCACCCUGAAUGUCACUCCUGUGCACUUUACCUUCCUUAUCUGAUUCUUUUCCCUUACCUGUGCUUUCUCCCAUCUGUCUUCUGUCUGGCCUAAGCAAGGCAGCUUUGAAUUGCACAGAAGCAAAGACCCUUCUGCAGUCUUCACAGGGGGGACUUUGAAAUGAGCACCUUUGUAAUAUUGCAAGCCUUAAAGGAUUAUGGAAAGACCUGAACUCUUAAGUCAGGGUAUUUGACAGUACACUGCAUGUGUGGGAAAAACAUCCUGUGUGUGCAGGACAGUUUGUUAAAGCUGCAUCCUCACGGGGCUGUUCUCCAGUGUGGUUUCUCAAACUGAAACUGACUCAGGUUGUGUCUUUGGUAAAACGACAUUGCAUCUUCUAUUUAUUUGUACUUAGUAGAUUGUGAUUGGGGAAGGCUGUCUCCAGGGUUGGCUGGGGACCUCUGUGGGGCAUCUGAACACUUCUUUUGCUUUAGGCUCAGAUCUCUGCCCCAGGGCAGAGCUGUCAGAGUGCUGGUUGGAGACAGCUAGAGCCUCUGCUUCUGGGUAUGUGGGUAAGGACUAGACCCCAACCCUGCAUCUUUGUGGGGCCAUGAGCCAUCUUGAUGCUGCCAGCCCAGGACUGUUCAGCUUAGCCCUGGGCACUUGUGCUUUCAGGAGCUUCAGUUAGUAGCCCCACUUUGGUCCAGGGCUACCACGUGUUACAGGCUUUACUUGACACUGGGUUGCGGGAAGUGCUGGGAGCUGGUUGGGUCUUAGAACAAUGCAAGGUGGCUGUGUCCACCAUAGGGCAUUUUCUGGGGAAGAAGUGACCUUUUGUUUUCAACUUGGAGUGUCACUGCUGAUCCAGCCAGAAGUCUACCAUGCAGAACUGUUGGGCAGUGCUCCGUUCUGGAGCCCUGAUUGAGACUUCAGGUACUUGCUGUAUCUCAGGUUAUUUGAAUAGCUUUUGAAGGGUUUUGCUUUGGCGUUGUAAGGAUUCUAGUUAAAAAGGGCAUUUGGAAUUAGAAAUGAGUUUGUAGGAACAGGGUGAAGAAGUUCAGCCUGUCAAGAUAAGCCCUCUCAAACCCCUUGAGAGAUGCUGCCAAAGGCUUCCCCUAUAAACUAGAGGCAUAAAGUCAGGGUGGGACUAGAAGUGACCCUGAUUUGAACAAACCAACUAUAGAGGGCAUUUUUCUCAUUCAUUCAUUCAUUCAUUCAUUCAUUCAUUCAUUCAUUCAUUUUUAGUCUUUUUGAGACUGGCUGUGCAGUUCAGGCUGGCCUUGACUUGCAGCUAUCUUUCUGCCUUAGUUUCCUGAGUACUGGAAUCACAGGCCUGUGCCACCUCACCUGGCAAGAAGGCAUUUUUGAGACAAAUUGUGGAAACUUGAACAGAGUUUGAGUGUUAGGUAAUUUGUGUUGACAUGGCAAUUAUUAUACAGUCCUCAUGAAGAAUUUCAACUCAUUUAGGGGGGAAAUGACAUGGUGUUUUGAAUUUGCCUUAAAAUUGUAAUAAAAAGGAGAACAGGAAAUUUU